AUGACAUCCACAACUUAUUUUGGUCGCCCAGAGCCGGGCGGUCGCCGACUUGGCGCAGAUUUCGACCUUCUUGCGAAAUGGUCGCGCACCUUUGCGGCUCGCAAACCGAUUCACUCUUAUUGUUUGUCGCAGUUGUCCCCGAGUGAUCGGGCAAUCCUGUUUGCUGGUCCCGCCCAGCAUUUCCGGUUGCAAGAGCUUCCUGAUCACACUGUCCGCCUCGAGACCAUCCUAGAUGAUGGUGAGGUCGAGGUCCGACACAUCGAUGCUGACGUGGUCAGCAUGAUGCGUUCGCCCAACUACAGCAAAUCCGAGGCUCGACACUACGAAAUGUGUUGUGAGAUCGAGGAUGCGCAGCCGGACUCUGAUACAGUCGCAGAGAUGGAAAAGUGCAAAGCGUUACUACAGGGUGCAGAUCCCGAGGCCGCUGAGAAGCGCGCCAGAAAGGCGAAGCAAGAUGUCCUGUUACGCGCUGGUUCCACGGUAAAGAAACGCUGGAAGGCGGAGCGCAUGGCACGUCUCACUAGCAGGACGCCUUCUCGGUCUGCCAGCACAUCAGAGGAUGACAGGGAAACCAUCAAGCCAUUUUCGCAGGCUGGCACAUCUCCAAAGGUUGCCGCUACCUUAUCUUCUAUGAUUGUAACCAAGCUAACCAAGUCUCAUCCAAAGGCCUCACACAAGCAUCCGUCUCCGAGGGAUUCCAUUCCAGAUUUGUGCAGUGAAACUACGGCAGAAACUUCAGACUGGGACACCCCGAAUCAAUUGACGGAUGUAUCCACACCCGAUCCUGAGACCGCUGCGGUCGGGGACGAUAUUAAUGGAGGUGUCACCCUGUUGCCCUUCCGUCUGCCGCGAACAGUGGAAUCGGAUAACGAAUGCACAGUUGAGACGCCCAAAUUGGGCUCUCGCCUCUCUCAACCCAACGGCCAGACCACUAGCCGCCAACUGGGUGUUGGUUUAAACCAAGCUGUGUUUUCUCUUGCUGGAGGCUUCAGCGGUCUUCAGGUUACUUCCUCAGCGGCCAUUCGCAUUAACGACCCUUUCCAGCCACUUAACAACCCCUUCAUCUCGUUUCAUGCGAUUCCAACAGUUAUUCCUUUGCCCGACGCAACUCCCAGGGCCACUUCCAGCCCUGUCAAUAUCCCCGCUGGACAGGCCUCUACUCCGAAGACAUUUACCCAGCCGUUCUCUCCGCAGUCGAAGAAGACGCCAAAAUACCCUCUCGCAAAGGAACAGAUUUGGAAUGGAUUCACCUGCUAUGAUGUUCCUAACCCCUUCAGCAACGAUCAUCUGGUUCCCAAAUACUGGACCGACAAACUCGGAAAGGAGCGUUAUGUACGACACAAGCUUCAGGAUUUAAAGCAAGAGGACGCUCGCCUGCAAUCUGAUCGUGUUUUCGGCGUUGUUGCCCGCAACCCGAUCCACAUCUUCGUGGAUCUCUCUAAUAUCAUCAUUGGUUUUUACGACAGUAUGAAGCAGAGCCGCGGCAUUCCUAUCCAUAAGCGGGUCAUGGCCCCUCCCUUCUCUUUCAAGAAUUUCGACACCAUUCUCACGCGCGACCGAAAUGUCGCUAAGAGAGUUGUUGCUGGUUCCCGCCCGCACACCGAAAACAAGUGGUUGCCCGCCUACAUGGUUCAGGCUGAGGAGCUGGGUUAUGAGAUGAACAUCCUGACCCGUGUCCCUAAGCCUUCUUCUCCAAUCCGCAAGCAGAGAAAGUCCAAGGGCACCAACCGUGAUCGUGAUUCUGCAACCUCUGGAACCGAGGUUUCGGGUGACGACAGCAUGUCGAAGUUCACGAAACAUGGGGAGCAGGGUGUUGAUGAGGUGCUGCACCUGAAAAUGCUCCAGAGCAUUCUCGACACCAAGAGUCCCGGGACCAUUGUUCUCGCCACAGGCGAUGCUGCGCAUGCUGAGUACUCCGACGGCUUCAAGAAGAACAUCGAACGAGCCCUACAAUCCAACUGGAACAUCGAACUUUACGGCUGGAGCCGUAACAUUUCUGCCGCCUGGCGCGAGCCUGCAUUUGCUGCCCGCUGGAGUCACAAGUUCAAGAUCAUCGAACUCGAUCCGUUUUGUGAGGAACUUUUUGACGUCACGAUCGAGUCUCUGGAUUCUUGA